AUGGUGACUCCAGACGAUCUUGUGGCAAAUAAGCCAAGGACAUCGCAUGCACAAAGAACCAAAGAAACAACAAGGAGACCUAAAAGGCCUAAUUCUGAUCAUACUUCUCAAUUGUCUGUUCCUCCCUCUAGGGAAGAAUUAACUAAAUCAAGUUCUAGGUAUGCUCACAACGCCAUUGCUAAAAUUGUUACCCGUAUCUUGAAUGAGAAUCAUGAUGUACCUGGGAUUUCUGUUCCUUUAAAUUCUGUUCUUCCUGAGUCACAUGACAAUACACAUUUUAAUGGUAAUACUAUUGACACUGUCCAAGCAAAUGAUGAUAUGGAUACGACUGUUCAUGAAGAAAAUGUUGUUAAUAAGGAUGUUGAUGAUGCUUUUAAUAUGGAUGUGAAUGUGGAUGAUAAUAAUAAGAAUGAUGAUGUGGAAGAGACUAUUGGUAAGGACGAUGUUAUUGCUGAUGAUGAUCAUACUGAGGUCCUUAUUGAUGAAGAGGUACCUAGUAAUGUUUUUGGUGAUAAGAAUGAGGGCCACACUGAAGGUGGUCAAACUGAAGAGAAAGAACCUGAGAAGACCCAUACUGAUAAAGUAAUCAACCUUGAUGAUUUCUCUGAUGAUGACUUGGUUGCUUCUAUCAAUCCAAGUAUAGCCAAAAGGCUUAUGAGGAGGAAAGGGAAGCAAGCUGUGGAUGAGGACUCUCUGAAGAAAAAUGUUGUGGUUAAGCCCACUUCUGUUGGACCCAAAAACUCAUGGAUCAAAGUGGUGUCUAAGAAGAGAAAGGCCAGAAUCAUUGCUGAGAAUGAGUCAGAUUCUGAUGUUGUUGUGGAUAUCAAUGACAUCCAUCCCAAGAAGAAGGUCUCUACUAGCAAGCUUGCUACUAGUGUACCUGAGGUGCCUAUUGAUAAUAUUUAUUUUCACUAUCCAUCCAAUGUAAUCAGAUGGAAAUUUGUCUAUCAGAAAAGACUGGCCUUAGAGAGGGAGCUUGCUCAGAAUGCUCUUGAGUGUGAAGAGACUGUGAAUCUCAUUCAUGAAGCUAAGCUGAUAAAAACUGUGACUCAAUUCUCCAAGUGUUAUGAAGUCUUUGAGAAGGAGUUCAUUGUGAACUUACAUGAAGAUUGUGGCAACAAGAAAGCUAAGGAUUACUUGAAAGUGUUUGUCAGAGGAAAUUGUGUUAACCUCUCCCCCACUGUGAUCAACAAAUUUCUAGAAAGACCCAAUGAAGCUCAACCGGAGCUGGAAGUGUCUGAUAAUCAAAUGUGCAAUGUAAUUACUGCUGGACAAGUAAAGACAUGGCCUGUUACUGCAGAUAUUAAACUCAGCAACUCUGAGUCUGAAGACUAA